ACGAAAUCUUAUAAAAUUUCACUUUUUUUAUUCUAAUUUCUAACCCUCAUUAGAUCCUUUGAAUUUGAACUCGAUUUUCAACUUCAAAGCUAAGCAUUUAAAUAUUUGUACCAAUAGUUAACCUUUUUUCUAUUUAUAUUCACUUCCUAAAACCCAGUCUCUGUAUCUUGAUUUAGCAAAUUAUCAUAGCUUCUCUCUAAGAAAGUUCCAAUCUUUUCAUCUGGGGUUUGAUUAAUUUGACUUAAUUUUGGUGGGUUUUGAAGAUAAAGUCAUAAAGAUUUGUUUUGAACAUUUUGGGGGUUUCUUGAAUUUUUUCUUGUGCUGCAAUGGAGGAGAAAUAUGAGCCAUUGAAAGAGCUUGGUGCUGGUAAUUUUGGAGUUGCAAGAUUGGUUAGAGAUAAGAAGACUAAAGAACUGUUUGCUGUCAAAUACAUUGAAAGAGGGAAAAAGAUUGACGAAAAUGUUCAAAGGGAAAUCAUUAAUCACAGAUCUUUAAGGCAUCCAAACAUAGUGAGGUUCAAGGAGGUCUUGUUAACUAAGACACAAUUGGCUAUAGUCAUGGAGUAUGCAGCUGGCGGUGAACUCUUUACUAAAAUCACCAGUGCUGGCCGAUUCAGCGAAGAUGAGGCUCGAUUCUUCUUUCAACAACUUAUAUCUGGAGUCAGCUACUGCCAUUCCAUGGAAAUUUGUCAUAGAGAUCUGAAACUAGAGAACACUCUUCUAGACGGGAGUCCAUCCCCGCGUCUCAAAAUAUGUGAUUUUGGUUAUUCAAAGUCUGGUUUAUUGCACUCUCAACCGAAAUCUACGGUUGGCACACCGGCUUACAUUGCCCCCGAGGUUCUGUCCCGAAAGGAAUAUGAUGGAAAGAUUGCAGAUGUUUGGUCAUGUGGGGUGACUCUGUAUGUUAUGUUGGUUGGAGCCUACCCUUUUGAGGAUCCUGAAGAUCCUCGAAAUUUCCGUAAAACAAUUGGGAGAAUCGUGAGCGUUCAAUACUCGAUACCGGAUUACGUGCGUGUUUCUGCUGAUUGUAGGCACCUUCUGUCGCAUAUCUUUGUUGCAAACCCCUCCAAGAGAAUCACAAUAGCGGAAAUCAAGAAACAUCCAUGGUUUCUAAAGAACAUGCCAAAGGAGUUGGUCGAAGGCGAGAAAACAAACUACGAGAACGCAAAUUGUGACCAAUCACUGCAAAGUGUUGAGGAAGUUAACCGAAUCAUACAAGAGGCAAAGGUUCCUGGGGAAGGUGGGUCCGCCACCGCCACUGAUGGGAAGCUGACGGAUAUUGGCGGAUCGGUAGAUCCUGACGACGAGGAGUUCGAUGAGAAUGAGAUUGAUGAGAGUGGGGACUAUUCAGGCCAGAUAUGAUGAUCUUGUUGUUGACCAAAUGUGUUUUGAAAUGUACCAAGUUUGUGUAGUUUUGUAAGUGUUUGCAGUCUUGGACAUUCAUAUGAUCAUGUGUAAUAAGGGCAAAUAAGUUGACUUUAAAGUCUUGAUUUAUGAGGUUUGUGUCUUGGAAGAAA